AUGAUUCGGGCUAUUCUCCUCGCCGUGAUGGUACUGAUCGCCUGGGUUUCUGCGGGCGGUGACAGCUAUGCCUCGUGAGUUUUCUACUACCUUUUUUUCGUAAAAAAAUCAUUCCUUUUUAAAAACUAUCUUUCUUCAAAGAGAAAAAAACGAAAUAGUGAAAUUCUUGUUUUUUUCUGGAAAAAUAGGUUAAAUCAGUCCAAAACCGUUAAGAAUACUAAAAAAAACAUUAUUUUUCAAAAAAUGAAACAAAAAAUGGUUUAUAUUCCAAAGAAUACGAAACAAAAAAACAUAAACGUAGUUUAUUUUAGAAUUUCUAAAAAAAGGGAGAAAAAAAGAAAGAAAAAGUCGUAAAAUGAAGUGUAAUAUCUGCAAGCACCGAAGAUUGCGUAUCAUUGAGCUACCGUAACCCAAGCUCAUUAAAAAUGUGUUUUUCUCGGUUUUUUUUCAAUAAUUCGUUGAAUUUCAGUGCCGGAAAUGGCGGCCAACGUGAUAAGCGGCUCACACCUGACCAGUGAGUUUUGAAAUUAACAAUUUUUUUGUGUUCAAAGUGCCAAAAUGACUAAAAAACGAUUUUUGUCAAAUAUACCGUCAAAGGUUUUCAAAAAAUAUUUAUUCUAGAGUGGGAAAAAUCCCUUAUGCUGCCUUUUAGUGCUUCAGUAUCCUUCCUGUACCUUUUUGAGACCUUAUAAAUCUAGUAAAAUGGAACUUGUCAUCAUUUUCGGACUUUUCCGCGAUAUUUCUUUUUUUUUUCUUGGAAAAUAGUAAAACAAUUAAUUUGCAGCAACGCUCCUCGCGUCGAGCGCGACUGGCACGGCGGCUACCACGGUGGUCACCACGGAGGCGGUGGCUACCAUGGCGGAUUCCAUGGCGGAUACCACGGAGGCUAUCACGGAGGCUACCACGGAGGCCACCACGGCUGGCACUAA